CACAACACACACAGACACACAUACACUUGUACACAUAUAGACAUACACAGACAAACAGCCUGAUGCCAGCCUUAACACAAUGGGAACCUGUCCAGCACCACCCUGUCAGCUUGCUAAAUAUAACCUUUUGGUAUAGCAAGCCUAGCCAGCAUCCCUCCCUCCUCCUUCUCCCCCCUGCGGCCUGACCGAGGUGCUAUUGUCUGGCUUCCUGUGGCCGUGGAAGCUUGGCUCGGCUCGUUGGCACGCUCGCACGCGCACGCGCACGCGCACCAGCAUCAGGGGCGAGCAAGCGAGGCAAUCCCUGGACGCUACAAGGACAAAACACGCACGGUUGGAAAAGAAGUUCGCUUAGGUGGAACAAAGCUAAACAAAAACAAAACCAAAAAAAUCCUUUUUUUUGUUUUAUUUCUUUCUUUAUUUUUCUUUUUUCUUUUUGUGGAUUCGCCAAGCUGUGAAGACUCAGCAAUUAGUGAGAAGUGAAAAGUAUGGAGUUUAUGCCGUGACAGCCGCUUCACACUUCACAAAUAUCGACGACUAGAGGAGAGCUGUUAUCACCCGUUCAUCACAAAGCACCAAACAACCCGACUCCAUCCGUUUACUGCAUGUGUCCAAUAUGGCUUGACUGGGGGAUCUUCUGCUGACACUUCCAAUCUACACUUAUCUGCGCCCUUUCCUCCUUCUCUGACAAAAAUCUGGUGUGAGUCUGUUCCUUGGAGCCCUCCCCACCGCAACCAUGGCGAGUUUGGUGCUCAAUGAGACUGGAAUGGAGGACUGCGGCAUUGAUGACUCCUUCAAAUACAACUUAUAUUCCGUGGUCUACAGUGUGGUCUUUGUCUUGGGUCUCAUCACCAACUGUGCUGCGCUCUUUGUCUUUUGCUUCCGCAUGAAGAUGCGCAAUGAGACGACAAUGUUUAUGACUAAUUUAGCACUAUCAGAUUUAGUCUUUGUUUUUACGUUGCCAUUUAAGGUGUUCUACAAUGUUAACCGCCACUGGCCAUUCGGAGAUGGACUGUGUAAAGUUUCAGGAACAGCCUUCAUCACUAACAUCUAUGGUAGCAUGCUCUUUCUCACCUGCAUCAGCGUCGACCGCUUUUUGGCAAUAGUCUACCCUUUCCGCUCCCGCUCCAUCCGCACGCGUAGGAACGCUGCCAUGGUGUGUGCAGCUGUGUGGUUGACCAUUGUGGGCGGCGGGAUAUCAGUCACCUUCUUCUCUACCAUCAACAGCACAAAUAUAGCCACAACCUGUUUUGAAGGCUUCUCGAAGAGUACCUGGAGGACAUACCUUUCCAAAAUCACCAUCUUUAUUGAGAUUGUGGGAUUCCUACUUCCCCUCCUGGCCAACUUGGUAUGUUCCUCGCUGGUUCUAAGAACACUGCGCCGUCCAGUGUCUCUUGGCCACGGCUGUGACAGCAAGAGACGCGUCUUGAGGAUGAUUCUCGUCCAUCUCGCCAUCUUCAUCAUCUGCUUCGUCCCUUAUAACUCUAUUCUCUUCCUGUAUGCCCUGGUGAGGACCCAGGCCUUAGCUAAUUGCUCCGUGGAGCGUUUCGCACGAACUCUGUACCCUAUCACUCUGUGUCUGGCCAGUCUCAACUGCUGCCUGGACCCUGUGGUCUAUUACUUCACUUCUGAAAGCUUCCAAAAAAGUCUGACCUUGGGGAGCAAAGGGUCUGGCUCCCGGCCUGAGAGUAUUCCCCGUAGCGACGCUGAGACACAGGACCCGUCAAACACUCUCCCAAGAGACACGCACACUUUGACGAGGAAUGGAAAAGACACUAAAGUAUCAGAGAGGGUGUCACUAGGUUCUAUGGACGGGAGGUUUAGCCCCCAGGAGAUGCACAGGAUGAGAAGCAGCUCCAGCACGGCCACCUUGAUGUUGGCCACAUCACUUGGGGAAAGAGGGGGGGGGAAAAUCCCACAGUCAGGUCAGCUCAGAAUUGAUCCACAGUGUAGUCAAGUCUAUGCCACAUGGUAUAAGAAAAAAAUAAUAAUAAUAAUAAUGAAUGCCAGCUGUCAAAACACAGGGGAACUGCGGAUGUAUCAGCACCAUGUGUAUGCAGUGGUGUACAGUGUCAUCCUUGUACCGGGCCUGCUGGGGAACAUACUGGCAAUAUGGGUGUUCAGGGUUUACAUCAGAGAAACAAAGAAGGCAGUGGUGUUCAUGAUGAAUUUGGCUGUGGCUGACCUGAUGCAGGUUCUUUCUCUGCCACUUAGGAUCUACUAUUACCUGAACAACAGCUGGCCCUUUGGUCAUGCUCUCUGCAUGAUCUGUUUCUAUCUGAAGUACGUCAACAUGUAUGCUUCCAUCUACUUCCUGGUGUGUGUGAGCGUGCGCCGCUGCGAACUCAUCAUGCGACCGCUGAGGUACAAUGCCUCCAGGCGAAAGGCGGACGUGGUCGUAUGCACCCUGGGAUGGUUCUUGGUCUGCCUGGGCUGUCUGGCCUUCCCUCUCCUGAGAAACCCUGAGUCUGAUGAUGACCUUGUGACCUCAGGAGUCAACGCCACCCCUCCUGAAGCUGACAUGGUCUGUUUCUCAGAGCUGCCCAUGCAGAUGAUCAGUACCUCAGCAGCCUGGGUUAUCUUGAUCGUAGCUGAGCUCCUCGGUUUCAUCAUUCCCUUCACCCUGGUGUUAGCCUGCACCUGCCUGACCGCCGGCAGCCUUCAGACAAGGACAGCCGGCGCCAUUCCUGACCAAGGGGAGAAGCGGAGGGCUUUGAGGAUGGUGCUAAGCUGCACCGUUGUGUUUUUAGUGUGCUUUGCUCCUUAUCACAUUACAAUGCCGCUGGACUUCUUGGCCAAAUCCAACACCUUGAGCAGCUGCACCCUUAGGGAGCUGAUCCUAAGAUGUCACCCUGUCGCACUCUGCUUGGCCAGCAUAAACUGCAGCCUAGAUCCCAUCAUGUAUUACUUCACAACGGACGAAUUCUGGAGGCGACUGAGUAAGCUCGAAAUACCAGAGCGUAUGAUUUCAAGCAGAUGGAAUGUCUCAAGUGGACUUUGUGUGAAUGACUUCCUUGUUGAAGGACCAGUGGCUGAUAAUCACUAAUCCCCAUGAUGUUUGCACUUUUGAAGAGGAAAGAGGUGAUAUGUAAUUCACAUGCAAAAUUGAAUCUUGGAAGAUGUUUUUACUACGACUUUACCUGCGCAUUUGUAGUGAUGGGAGACAACAUUUUGAAAGGAGACUUCUAUCUGAACUGACAGGUGCCAGAAUUAUAGAUCCGCCCUAAACUGGCUCCCUAUUCAAUGCUAUGCAAAGACAAACUAAUGGUCACAAGUGGGAAAUAAAAGUGUCUAGCGUCACUUUCAAAAAUGCUUGUUAUUUGCACAAUGAUGAGCAAACACAAGAAAUGCAUUAGUUAAAUUCAUCUUUAAUCACCAAACAAAGUGAGAUCAGUUAAGUGGCUGUCCACGUGUAUCUAAUAAUCAUGUAGUCUGUUAAAAAUAUGGGCAAACAUUUCCCAGCAGGCUUCAUGUUCGAUUGUCUUUCUGGACAGGCGCCAUUGAAAAUAACCGAGACCUCUUACUGUCACAGUCAAAGGCAAUUGCAAUAAGCAUGUGUGUUUGUCUUUUAAAGCAAUAUAUUUGAUAAAUUCAAAACAAAUUACAUAUUUGGAAAAAAUUGACCAUACCCAAUUUCUUAGAACAAUUUUAUGACACAAAUAAGAAUUAAAAUGAUCCCCAAAACAAAAUUUAUACUUAAAGGUUAAGGAUUUUUAACACAAAUAAGGGUUAAACUCACAGGUCCUAUACAGAGCUACAGUGUUCAUCAGCGUCUGAUGACAUUAUUAAAUAAACAUAUUACAGCGGGACAGCAGAAACCUUAGGGAAGUGAUUUCUGGAUUUGUGCUUCUAUGUAAAGACUGCAACUUUUAACACUUCCAAGGUGCUAUCGUACUACAACAAAACAUAACCCACAAUAGUAUAGUGUACAUCUCAUGAGUAAACAAAGCGGCUCUACAACUCUUUCUGCAUGUGUGCUUACAGUGAAGCUGUAGGCCGACACAUACAGGUCUGCUGUAAUACAGAUGUUGAAAUACAGAAGCAUAACGAGGAGUUUGGAGGAAACUACAGCAACACAAAAGAAAAAAAAAACUUUGUAAAUCCUCGGUUAACUGGAGGAUGCAGGUUUUUUUUUUUUUUUUUUUUUA